AAUUAUAGAAAAAUCUAGGGCAUUUUUUUUUUUGUUCAAGAACUAGGGCAUCAUUUAAUAAUUUCUAAAUAAUAAUAAUAAUAAUAAUAAUAAUAAUAAUAAUAACAAGAUAAAAUUGCAACCUUUCAUAAAACAAAAACCAAAAAUCCUUAAAAAAAAAACAAGAAACGAAACAUCACAUCUCUUUGUCGUACAUCUCGUUAUUUUCCGUUUCUUUAUCGUAUCAAUUCGAUUUAUUCGUACCCUUUUGAUUCUCCGAUCCAUCAUCAAUUUCUUCUUUAAUUUUCAUCCCUUUUUUCUUCCAAUUCAAUUCUAUUUUAUGCCAUCUGUAUUCCCAGGUCAAUAAUAGUCAGUUUUUUUUUUAUUCUCUGUGGAUGGGCGCGUUACAUUUCGAAGCUUUUGUGUAGAAUAGAAGGAAAAUCUAUAUUGUUAUAAGAAGGUUGUGGAGUUCUUUUAAUGGGUGCACCUAAGCAGAAAUGGACUGCAGAAGAAGAGGCAGCUCUGAAAGCCGGAGUAGUCAAAUACGGGGCUGGAAAAUGGCGUACCAUACUUACAGAUCCGGAUUUCAGUACCAUUUUGCGUAUGCGUUCAAAUGUAGAUCUCAAGGAUAAAUGGAGGAACAUAAAUGUGACAGCAAUAUGGGGAUCCAGGCAGAAGGCAAAGCUUGCACUUAAAAAGAACCUACCUCCCCCGAAAACGGAAAAUAACAACCAUACAACCUCGACUGCAAUAGUUCAAUAUAAUCCAGAAGUUGCAGCUCCUAAGCCGCUGGCAGUUUCUGGUGGAAUAUCGACCUCCAAAGAACAAAUAUCAAGAUUGGACAACCUUAUAUUGGAGUCUAUAGUUAAGUUGAAGGAGCCAAAGGGUUCUGACAUGGCCGCCAUUGCUGCUUAUAUAAAGGAUCAAUACCGGUCUCCACCAAACCUCAUGAAAUUACUGUCAACAAAACUGAAGCAUAUGGUGGCAGGUGGCAAAUUAGUGAAGGCAAAUCAUAAGUACAGGAUUGCAACAAAUUCAACAAAAACAUCUGAGAAAAGAAAAAGCUCUUCCUUGUUACUCCUGGAAGGGAGGCCAAAAGAUUCUCCAAAAGCAGAGAAAACUGAUGUCAAUGUUCUUUCACAAUCCCAAAUUGAUGUCGAGCUCUUAAAAAUGAGGGGUGUGACAGCUCAAGAGGUGGCAGCAGCAGCUGCAAAAGCAGUUGCAGAAGCAGAAGCUGCCAUUGCUGUGGCUGAGGCAGCAGCGAGGGAAGCAGAGACUAUGGAAGCAGAAGCAGAGGCCGCACGAGUGUUUGCAAAAGCAGCAAUGAAGGCACUGAAAUGUAGAAGACUUAAUAUUUGAUGGUGAUUGCUUCUUCAAUGUUGACAUGAUGAGCAAAGCAUUAUAUUUGGCUUUAGAUCAUAAUUCUGCUGCUAGGCUGCCUGCAUGUAUUUAAUUACUGUGUAUAAUUUAGGCUUGUAAAUUUUGAAUGUGCCGGAUUGAUCCAUGAGCAUUUUUGUUAGGAAUAGCUUAUUAUUUUUUGUAAACUUAUUUUUCAUUAAAGACAAUGAGGCAAGGGAACACAAUAAUAAUGUGUUUGGUACUUUGGUUAUGCGGUAAAAAAUUUAAUUUUGAAUGAA